AUGGUGGUCGCCUCGACAGACUCAAAGGCGAUGGCGGACGCAUCACGUGCUGUGGGUGCGGUCAUGCAGCAUUACCACAGAGCACUCGCCGCCGCACCCGACCCACGUGCCGCCGCCGCUGCUGUCGCCGCCGUCCUCGCGGCCUUCGUCGCUGCCGCCGACGCACCACCGCCAGACAGCGCCGCGCAGCACAGCUCAGGCGGUUUGGAGCUGCCGCCGCAGCUGCAGAAGGUGCUUGAGCAGAGCGCCGCAGCAUACGGGAGGGAGCAGCUGCGCGCUGCCUUCUUCGCCCAUCACUUUGAGCCCUGGGCGACCGCCGCUUUGACAG